AAAUUUCAGACAAUUUUAUAUCCGUUAUUGUCAUUUCGGUGUAAAAAUGCAACAAAUUCUGAAGUGAAGAAUUGGAAUUUUUUAUUCUUCCGGAAAUUUCACUACAAUCUUCUGCUGAAAAUUUCUAAUUAUAAAAUAGCUCUUAUCAUCUUAUCCAUAAAGCUUUCUUAAUGUCGCGAAUCGGAUUGUUUGGGCAAAUUUCCGAGGUUACUGACCAUUUAUUUCUUUCUGGAGCCGGUGUUCUGAAACUCGAAAAAUUACGUGAAAAGAAAAUUUCAUGUAUUGUAAAUGCAACUGUUGAAGAACCAUCUACUCACAUUCCUGGGAUUGACUACUUGAGGAUCUCAAUAGAAGAUAGUCCCUAUGCAAAAAUUGAUCAAUAUUUUGAUAUUGUUGCAGACAAAAUCAAAGCAGUCAAGGAUAGGGGUGGUCGAACUUUAGUACACUGUGUAGCUGGAGUAUCACGAUCAGCUACCCUGUGCAUGAUAUAUCUAGUGAAGCAUGAACGGAUGACAUUACGUCAAGCAUAUCACUUUGUUAAAUCAGCUCGACCUGUUGUGAAGCCUAAUGUAGGCUUUUGGAGACAAAUGAUCGAAUACGAACGUAAAUUAAAAGGUUCCAGUUCAGUGCAAAUGGUAGAAACAAAUCAAGAUGGUAUGACACUUCCAGAUGUAUAUUGCUCAGAAUUGAAACGACGAUUGAUCCAAAAUCAUUCGUUACCAAAGGGUACCUGUCGAAAUAUCACAAUUACUCAACUUCCUUUCAAAUACUCACAGACCUCGACAUUCGGUCGUCCAAUGAGUUCAUCUUAUCGGCGAUCCACAUCACCCUCAAUUAUACCAUCACUUUUUUCGCUUCCAUCACGACAACAUUCACCCUUCUCAAUGCUAACAUCAACGCUCAGUCGACGACGCACCAAUGAUCUGUUCGAUUCUUAUCACUCAACUUUUUCUACAUUCUAGUUGAUAUAAUGAUAACAUAUUGAUUAACAUAAUUCAGUGUAACAAAACAAAAACAAUUCCUGAUAUUUUACACUAUGUUUUGAUAAAGUUGUUAGAGAAAGUUUAUUGAUUGAAUCGAUUGAAAAAAAAGCGGUUUGUUAAAUAGUAUCAUAUGUUUCCUUUCAAAAAGCCUGGACAAAUC